CGGAAGUGGCGCAAGUCCUGGGAUCGCUCCGCUGAAUCCGCCCGCGCGUCGCUGUCGUCGCCGCUGCCCCAAGUCCCGGCCCCCCCUCCCCCCCGGGUUCCCUCAGCCCAGCCCGGUCCAACCUGGUUCCCGGGAGGAUGAAGUUCGUAUAUAAAGAGGAGCAUCCGUUCGAGAAGCGCCGCUCUGAGGGCGAGAAGAUCCGAAAGAAAUACCCGGACCGGGUCCCGGUGAUAGUAGAAAAGGCUCCCAAAGCUCGAAUAGGAGAUCUGGACAAAAAGAAAUACCUGGUGCCUUCUGAUCUCACAGUUGGUCAGUUCUACUUCUUGAUCCGGAAGCGAAUUCAUCUUCGAGCUGAGGAUGCCCUGUUUUUCUUUGUCAACAAUGUCAUUCCACCCACCAGUGCCACGAUGGGUCAGCUCUACCAGGAACACCAUGAAGAAGACUUCUUUCUAUACAUUGCAUACAGUGAUGAAAGUGUCUAUGGUCUGUGAAGCUGCUGCCCCUUCAGUGGGGGGUCCCAUUCUGCAAAGAAAGAGGUGGCCCCCCUUCCUUGCCCUCUUCCUUCUUCAGGCUCAAACACCACCGCCCUUCAGGACCUGCACUUCCUAAUGUUUGAGGCUCUUCACCAGACCCUUGUAGCAGGAGUGUUAAUGGGGAAGAUGGCCUUUAGUACCUCUCCUUUUUCCUUUCUCCCCCUUUCUCUACCACCUUUCCCAUUCUGCUUUAGACUUGAUUGUCAAUCUCUGUCUCAUCCAGUGAUUGUUUUGGUUUCUGUUCCCUUUCUCACUGCCCAAGGGGCUCAGAACCCCAACAAUCAUUUCCUUUCACUACCUUUUUUUGGGGGUAGAUGGAAGGGACUGAAAUUGGGGAGGGAGGAAGGUUGGAAGUACAUCAAUAAAGAGGAAACCACCAAGCUGAA